CCCUCUCGUCGUCCCGCUCACAACUGCGGCGGCUGCCAAGAGGCAAACCCACCCGCCUCGACAGCAGCAGCAGCAGCAGCAGCAGCAGGCGAAGCAGCCAGCCAGCGCUGACCGUGCGGAGUGGGGGAGUCUGAAGGGCGCGCGUGAAGCAGACGAACGGACAGGCGCGAGGAGAGUGCGCGAGAAAGCCGCGGGAGCCGUCAAGCACCGACGCGAAGAAGGGCUUUCCCCCGCUUUUCUUCCUCUUUUUUUUCUUUCUUCCGCCCCCCUUUCCCUUGUGGGAGAAGUUAAAGAGCAGCAUGGCCGGUGCAAGCCCCUUGUGCUCAGCGCUCUGGCUCUGCGGCGUCCUCCUGUGCCUGGGCAGCCUGCAGCCUGCGCGCGCUGCGCAGCAGCAAGAGGACAGCCUCUACAUGUGGAUUGACGCUCAGCAAGCCCGAGUGUUGAUAGGCUUUGAAGAAGAUAUUUUGAUUGUUUCUGAGGGGAAGAUGGCCCCAUUCACUCAUGAUUUCAGAAAAGCACAACAAAGGAUGCCAGCUAUCCCAGUCAAUAUUCACUCUAUGAAUUUUACCUGGCAAGCAACUGGAAGGGCUGAAUACUUUUAUGAGUUCCUGUCUUUGCGCUCAUUGGAUAAAGGCAUAAUGGCUGAUCCAACAGUAAACAUCCCUCUACUUGGAACAGUACCUCACAAAGCAUCAGUUGUUCAGGUUGGGUUUCCUUGUCUUGGGAAACAAGAUGGAGUUGCAGCAUUUGAAGUUACAGUAAUUAUAAUGAAUUCAGAAGGCAAUAUCCUACUCCAGACACCACAGAAUGCCAUCUUCUUUAAAACAUGUCAGCAAGCUGAAUGUCCUGGAGGAUGCAGAAAUGGAGGUUUUUGCAAUGAAAGGCAUAUAUGUGAAUGUCCAGAUGGAUUUUAUGGUCCUCACUGUGAAAAAGCUCUGUGUACUCCCCACUGCAUGAAUGGUGGGCUCUGCGUCAUGCCUGGAUUGUGCAUUUGUCCGCCUGGCUUCUAUGGCAUCAACUGUGAUAAAGCAAACUGCACCACCACUUGCUUCAAUGGAGGGACAUGUUUUUAUCCAGGAAAAUGCAUUUGUCCUGCAGGACUUGAGGGGGAUCAGUGUGAAAUUAGCAAAUGCCAUCAGCCAUGUAGAAAUGGAGGUAAAUGUACUGGUAAAAAUAAAUGCAAGUGCUCAAAAGGCUACCAAGGAGAUCUUUGUUCGAAGCCAGUCUGUGAACCUGGGUGUGGAUUAUAUGGGACCUGUAUGGAACCCAACAAAUGCCAGUGUCAAGAAGGCUGGCAUGGAAGGCACUGCAAUAAAAGGUAUGGAGCCAACCUUAUGAAUGCCCUCAGGCCAACAGGCACCAAGUACAGGCAGCACACGCCUUCACCUAAAAGAGCUGAGGAGAAGCAAGCGCCACCCGAAUCCAAUUAUAUCUGGUGAACUCCAACAUCUGAAACGUUUUAUGUUACACAAAGUUCAUAGCCUUCAUUAACCUUUCAUAUGUUGAAUGUUAAAAUGCUGUUCAUUACACUUUAAGAUUACUGGCCUAAAUUUUACAAGCUUCAUUAUAAACCACUGAGCUGAUAUUUACUAUUCCUUUUAAGUUCUACUUCCCUAGCACAGUUAUAUAGGCUUCUUGUUUUCAGUCCUUUUGACCAGUUUCUGUUUGUACUAUAAUUUCAAUUCUUUAUCAAAGUCCUUUUUUCCUGGAACAAAUUCCUCGGAACAAAAUGACAAACCGAAAAGGGGAAUUUUGAAAAUGCUGGCCUGGAACAUGCAACUUUUCCUGGAUUGUGCCUUAGGUAGCAUAAGCAAGUAUUAAUUAUUUGGCAUGAUGGGGUGAUUUUUUACAUGUUUUGUUUAAUAAAACAAUUCCCCCCCUAAUUUAAACCCAAUUCCCAUUUCUGCAGGAUACUCUGUAUUAAAUACAAUGUGGUUGUGGCAUUGAAACAAUAUAAUAUAUUGGAAACUAGAGGUGUGUAGAUCUGGUUCGAUUUGAACCAGCCAGUUUGAACUGGAACUGGACUGGCCUCAAAAAAAGUUGACCAUUCUGAGUUCAAAUUGAACCAGUUCGAGAGGCUAUGCUUGUAACAGUGGUGCACCUAGGUAAUUUUGGAGCCUGGACCUGAAGGGCUUUGGAGGCCCCCCUGCUACAAAGGCCUUUUAAAAAGAUUUAAGAAAAAAAGAAAAGAAACCUGCAUUUGGGGGGCCUCCAAAUAGCCUGCCACCAACCUGUGUCCACCCCACCAAUCUAAGCCGCUUUUGGAGCAGAGUGGGGGCAGGCUUCUGGGGAGGCCCCCCUCCCAGUGCUGAGACCAGACUUGAUCCGCGAAGUCCAGUCCUAAGAGUGCCAUUGGCUUGAAUCUAGUGAAGAUUCCCCUUUACAAGCAAAGGGGAAUCCUGCCUUUAAAGGCUUCUGGGGUGUUCGGGGGCCGGUGGCAAGAGGGCACCUUAUCGCCAACAGUGUUGGCUCCUUUAAACCCUAGCGCUCCUCCACAGUAGCAUGGCCUGUACAGUGGGGUUCUGGCCUCCACACACAUGCAGAGGCUGGAAAUGUACUGCUGCCGCACAGGCCACGCUGGGGGUGGGGGGAAGCACUGAGGUUUAAAGGAGCUGCCGGCAGCGGUGAGGUGCCCUCUCUCCACCACCCACCACCCCGGCUGCCCUUAGAAGCCUUUUAAAUCCUCUUCGAAUUCCCCUUUACAAGCAUAGACCAUCGGAUCGGAUCAACCCAGUUUGACUCAAUGUAACGGACCACCAGUCGGUUCGACUGAACCGGUUCGCAGACGAGUGGUUCAGUUCGAUUCUGUCUGAAUUCGAACCAAAGCACUAGAAACAGUUCCAUGCACAUCCCUAUUGGAAACAAAGUGGAACUAUGAACUCUGUCUUUGCAUUGGCUUAUAGCAACAUAAUAUAUUGUACACAAAACAUCCCUUAUGUAAUAAACAUUUUAUACUGAUUGUUAUGUAUGAAAUAAAGAUGCUGCUUUAGUUUUUGUGUGA